UCAUGAGGAUUAUACAAACCAUGACGAUUCUGUGGGUGUUGGAGAUGAGCUUUACUGAAUUAUCAAAUGCUGUGAUCGACUUGACAAUGAUCUCCACAGCAGAGGCUUCUCACGUCAAUCACUUUACCAUCUCCUGUAUCAAUGGUGAGCGCAGCCCUGCUCAAGUUGAACUGAACAUCAUGAGAGACAACAGAAUCCUCGUAUUUCCCAAACCGCCAAGUUUUAAAGUCUAUAAGCCCAGAAAGAAGGAGGCUGUGGCCAGAGAUUUUCGCAAUCUGGAAAACAUUGGCAUCUUCUACUGUGAAAGCACUCAGGAUGUCCCACCUCUCAAGGUCACACUGAUUAACAACAUUGGCAAAGCUAACUUUAUCCCAAACUACCUUACACUGACCGCUAACAAGGGGGAGACGGCUCACCUCAACAUGACGCUCCACAGCCAUGAAAAGAGAGACGUGACCUGGAAGUACAACGGAAACUACUAUUACAUGACUCACUGGAAUGAAGUGAUUAACCGCACUGUGACGCUGACUGUGGAGAAUGCAUCUUUGGCCAAUCAAGGCAUCUACAGUGCCAGCUACUUUGGGGACACCCCCCUUAAUGGAGCCUGGAUGAGGCUUAUUGUUAGAGAUUGUCCAGGUAAGAAGUGGGGUCCUUACUGUGACAGGGACUGCCCGGACUGCCUGAACGGUGGAGUUUGUCAUGAUUUGGAUGGGGACUGUGUCUGCCCUCCAGGAUUCAUGGGGACACGCUGUGAGACAGCCUGCAGAGAAGGGAUGUUUGGUCGCAACUGCCUGGAAUCGUGUGGCUCAGAACUAAACAGCAACUGCAAGGGACUCCGCUUUUGUCUACCAGACCCCUACGGAUGUUCCUGUGCCACGGGCUGGUUUGGGAGACACUGUGAAACGGCUUGCCAUCAUGACAUGUAUGGACCAGACUGCAGGCUAAGCUGUAAAUGUCAGAAUGGAGGGGUUUGCCACCGUUUCAGUGGAUGUCAGUGUCCCACCGGAUGGAGAGGACAGAACUGUGAGAAGUCUGACCGGGCUCCUCAGAUUUUGGACUUGAAUUGUAACCUGGAGUGGAAUUUGAAUUCCAGCCCGCAGAUCAGAUGUUCAGCCACAGGCAACCCUUUGCCCAGUCACAACAGCAUAGAGCUGCGAAAACUGGACAGCACUGUGCUCAAGCCCUCGAAAACCAUCAUGGAAUCAAAUAUCAGCACGGCUCUGUUUGAGAUUCCUCACCUGAGCGCUCGGCAAGGAGGGUUGUGGGAGUGCAGGGUGUUCACCAAUGGAGGCCAGGACUCCCGAAAAUUCAAUCUCACCGUCAAAGAGCCUCCAGUGCCCACUACAGCUCCAGAACUGCUUAAAAAGAGUAGCAAACAACUGGUGGUGAGGCCUGUGAAGUCCCACAGAGGAGAUGGCCCCAUAAUCUCAACCAGGCUCCUCUACAAGCCGGUGGAGAACGGGAAUUCUUGGUCCUCCAUCAUAGUUUAUAGUGACAAAGAGCCCAUCACUCUGAUGAACCUGGAGCCAGCCACACGGUACCAUGUUCGUGUUCAGCUGAGUCGACCUGGGGAGGGAGGAGAGGGGUCCCCUGGACCAGAGGAGAUCAUGGAGACAGACUGUCCUGGUCCAUCGUCCCCACAGAACAUCCAGGUUGUGUCCCUGUCCACCUCAGCUAUCCAAGUUAGCUGGCAGCCCCCCAAAGACCCAAAUGGAGGCAUAAUUAAAUACACCAUAGAAUACCAGCCUGUUGGCCAGGGGACCCCUCACCACUGGGUGGACAUAAAUGAUUGGAACAUUACCACCAAAGAUAUUACCGCACUCAACAGCAGCACCCUGUACAAGUUCAGAGUGAGGGCUUGCUCCAAGGUGCCAGGAGAGUGGAGCACUUUUGUUCAGGAGAUGACACAAGGGGAUGGCCUUCAAAUGAUGAUCCCGACCACCCAGGGUGUGGCUGGGAAGCCCGCUGCUGACAAUUAUCAGCUGCUUGUGGCAAUUGUGGGUUCUGUAACCGUAACCUGUGUGACCAUACUGCUGGCACUGCUGGCUCUUUUCUUCAUCAGGAAGAUGCUGCUCAAUCGCCGGCGCACGUUUACCUACCAGUCCGGAUCGGGUGAAGAAACUAUUCUGCAGUUUAACUCAGGAACUCUGACCCUCACAAGAAGGCCCAAGCCCACCCCAGAACCUCUGACUUAUCCAAUCCUUGAGUGGGAGAACAUAAAGUUUGAAGAUGUUAUUGGAGAGGGCAACUUUGGCCAGGUCAUCAAAGCCAUGAUCAAGAAGGAUGGAGCCAAAAUGAGUGCAGCCAUCAAGAUGCUAAAGGAGUUUGCCUCAGAGAACGACCACAGAGACUUCGCAGGAGAGCUGGAGGUGCUGUGCAAACUAGGCCAACAUCCCAACAUCAUCAAUUUGAUUGGAGCCUGUGAGAACAGAGGCUAUCUGUACAUAGCCAUAGAGUAUGCCCCCUACGGAAACCUUCUUGACUUUCUGAGGAAGAGUCGUGUGUUGGAGACCGACCCUGCCUUUGCAAAAGAGCACGGUACUGCUUCCACCCUCACCUCGCAGCAGCUGCUGCAGUUUGCCGUGGAUGUGGCCACUGGGAUGCAUUACCUCAGUGACAAGCAGUUCAUCCACAGGGAUUUGGCAGCAAGGAACGUUCUUGUAGGGGACAGCCUUGUGGCAAAAAUAGCAGAUUUUGGUUUGUCACGUGGUGAGGAAGUUUACGUCAAGAAGACAAUGGGAAGGCUGCCAGUGCGUUGGAUGGCCAUCGAGUCUCUGAAUUACAGCGUGUAUACAAGUAAAAGUGACGUAUGGUCUUUUGGUGUUCUCCUCUGGGAAAUUGUAAGCUUGGGCGGCACACCAUACUGUGGGAUGACAUGUGCUGAACUUUAUGAAAAACUACCACAGGGUUACAGGAUGGAGAAACCCAAAAACUGUGAUGAUGAAGUCUAUGAGCUGAUGAGGCAGUGCUGGAGGGAUCGACCCUAUGAGAGACCACCCUUCUCCCAUAUCUCUGUCCAGCUCAACAGGAUGCAGGAGGCCAGAAAGGCUUAUGUUAACAUGGCUCUCUUCGAGAACUUUACCUACGCUGGAAUAGACGCCACUGCCGAGGAGGCCUGACUACCAGCCCCCCCAGACCCUCGCAUUCAACGUA